AUGUCCUUAGUGAGCCAUAUCUCACGUUGUAAACAUCACAUCGGGUCAUACUAUACGGUGAUUCCAAUGUGGAAUUACGAGAAAAAAGCUGGGGGAAAAGAUCGUAGUGGACGAUUCCCUUCCAAUGGCGAUGAGCCGUCCAAAAUCGCCAAGGCCGGAUUUACGGCCAAGAGGGUUUUGCUAUGUGUUUUGUGGGAUUACAAGGAAAUCAUCCAUUAUGAGCUCCUCCCAUCGGGCCAAGCAGUCAAUUCAGACCUCUACCGUCAGCAAAUGAUCAGACUGAAGCAGGCGAUCGACCGGAAGCGGCCAGAGUUGGCCUUAAGAAAGCUGUUGUGUUCCAUCAAGGUUACCCAGGCUGCACACAUUUUUAACGACGCGUCAGAAGCUCCGAGAGCUUGGAUGGGUAGUUCUACCGCAACCGCUGUAUAG